AUGACACCACUGCUAUGUCACAAUGAAGAAAGCUUGGCAUUGCUCCAAUUCAAGCGAAGCUUUGUCGUCAACAAAUCAGCUUCGUCUGAUGCCUCUGCUUAUCCAAAGACGAUAUCAUGGAAUCAACAAGGAGAGAAUCCAGACUGCUGCUUGUGGGAUGGUGUGGUGUGUGAUCAGUAUACCGGGCGCGUCAUUAGUCUUGACCUCAGUAGCAGUUGCCUCUAUGGUUCUAUCAAUUCUAGUAGCAGCCUUUUCCAUCUACGCUACCUUCAAAGCCUCAACCUUGCUGACAAUCAUUUCAACUCCUCUCAAAUCCCUUCCGGGUUUGGCAGUUUUCAAAGGCUAGUUGAUCUUAAUCUCUCCUCCUCCAAAUUCUAUGGUAAGUUUCCAUUAGAAAUAGCAGGCUUGAGUAGAUUAAGAUCUCUUGAUUUGACAGGAGAUUGGGAUGAAUCAAAUGCAAGAAUGUUGGAGCUCAGAAGUACUGACCUGACAUGGUUAGUCCAAAAUUUAACUCACAUUGAGAAACUGCAUCUUGACAAUGUAGACUUAUCUGCUGCAAUCCCUGAAAAAGUUGCAAAUUUGUCUUCAUUAUCAUCUCUUAGUCUCCAUUAUUGUCGCCUGCUUGGCAUAUUUCCAAUGGGAAUUUUUGAACUACCUAACCUGCAAUUUCUCAAUGUGGGGAUGAAUGAAGAACUUGUUGGUCAUCUGCCUGAACUUCAUUGGGGCUCUCCUCUCAAGUCUUUAUUGCUUCCACACACAAAAUUCUCAGGUGCACUACCUCCUUCAAUAGGAAACCUUUAUUCCUUGACUACAUUGAAUAUUGUUGAAUGCAAGUUUUGGGGCCAAAUCCCAUCUUCCCUCGCUAAUCUUAGCAAUAUCACCCUUGAAAAGCAAAUCGAAUUCACUAAGUUGGGUCUUGAUACUUGCAAUAUAAGUGGUGAAAUCCCUCACUUUCUCAAGAACUUCACUAGACUCAAUGUUUUACAACUUACUUCUAACCGUUUAAGAGGUCAAAUUCCACAUUGGCUAACAAACCUCACUCGGUUAGUCGCUUUAGACCUUGGUUUCAGUGAAUUCCACGGCCCUUUUCCUCGUCAAAUUUCAGAACUUGCGAAUCUUGAACAGAUUUAUUUGGGCGGAAACCACUUGAGUGGCAUUGUUAAUCUAAACCCAUUUUUCAACCUCCAACACAUGACAACCUUUGAUAUAUCAGAGAAUGAUUUUACAUUGCUGCAUGUGACCAAUGCAAACGCUACUCUUCGAAAGUGGCAUGAGCUAGGACUCAGCUCGUGCAACUUGAGGGAGUUCCCUGACUUCCUUAGGUACCAAGAUAAACUGGAGUACUUGAAUCUCAUGGGAAAUAAAAUCCACGGCCAGAUUCCGAGCUGGUUAUGGAACAUCAGUAGAGAAACUUUGAAAGUUAUAGAACUUGGUUUCAAUUUUUUGACCAGCUUUGAGCAACCUGCAUUGAUCUCGCGACUUGGUAAUAUACGUUACCUAAUGCUAGAUGGUAACAAGAUCCAAGGUCCAGUCCCCAGACCACCACCUUCCAUUGUCCAGUAUAGCUUGUCAGACAACAGUUUGAGUGGAGAAAUUUCUUCAACCUUCUGCCAUCUACCUUACCUAUAUAUCCUUGAUUUGUCAUUCAACUACUUGAGUGGCAUGUUUCCGCAAUGUUUGUUCGACAAGGUGAACAAUCUGAACAUUUUAAAUCUUGAACAAAACUUUUUCCGUGGAACCAUUCCAGAAACAUUAACGAAUGGAAGUAUGUUGAGGAUGAUCAAUUUAGGUCAUAAUGCUUUGCAAGGAAAAUUACCGAGGUCAUUGGCUAAUCAUACAAUGUUAGAGGUUCUACAUGUUGGUGACAAUCAGAUUAGUGACACAUUCCCCUUUUGGUUGGGAGCUCUGCAUAAUUUGCAGGUCCUCAUCUUGAGAUCCAACAAACUUUUUGGCGCAGUUGGAAGUCCUGCAACAGGUUUCGAGUUCUCUACAUUGCGGAUCAUUGACAUCUCCCACAAUGGUUUCACCGGCAUUCUACCAUCUAAGUACUUUCAGAAGUGGAAUGGCAUGAGAAAUUAUGAUGUGGAACACUUUUCGUAUAUGACACAAAAUACGACUUUAUUGGCUUUUCGUUUCGGGUUCCAACAAAUUUACAAUUAUCGAUCGACUUUGGUUAACAAAGGUGUCAGCAUGGAUUAUAAGAAGCUGCCACAAGUCUUUGCAGCUAUUGAUCUUUCAAACAACAAAUUUGAAGGGGAGAUCUCAGAAUCCAUUGCAACUUUAAAGAAUCUCCUUUUACUUAACCUUUCCAACAACCGUCUCUCAGGUCACAUCCCAUCGGCUAUAGAAAACCUCACAGUGCUUGAAUCGUUGGAUUUUUCGAGCAACAUGCUUUCAGGAAAGAUUCCACAGGAACUCACGCAUCUAACAUUCCUUUCGUUCUUUAAUGUCUCUUGCAAUCAGCUCAUUGGCCCUAUACCACAAGGAAAACAACUUGAUACAUUUGAGAACAAUUCGUACAUGGAAAACUUGGGAUUGUGUGGGAAGCCAUUGUCGAAGUGGUGCGGAAAUGCAGGGAAAUCACCUCCUAAUGAAGAUGAUCAAGGCUCAGGUGGUUCUUCAGCAUAUAUUUUGUGGAUGAUAGUUGCGAUUGGAUAUGCAAGUGGAGUGGUUGUUGGAAUUGUCGCCGGACUCAGAUUCACCGCAUGGAAACAUGAAUGGUUUGUGAAAACCUUUGGCAGGAGGCAACAAAGAAGGAGAAGGCUGAAAACAAGUAGGGGACAAAGAGAGUGA